ACGGGCGGCACGUAGCUCGGCGCUGGGGCACACGCUGAGUCGCGCUGGCAGCGCCGUGCUGAGCAGUGCCGCGCCGUGCGCGGAGGCCGAGGUUGUGCAAAGCCGCAGCGCCUCCUGUUGUCCGGCCGCGGCUUCGUGCUCCUAACGUUGCCCCCGAAGGUGAGACUCGGGCAGGCGGUCUGUUAUCUUCCUAGAAGAGAGCGUUUCAGCUCGUUGCACAGAUGGAUCAGCGCGCUUCAGGCGCUGUCAGCCGCUCCUGGAAAUCCCCCCCCAGCCCCGGCGGCCGGAAACCUCCCGUGUGCGGAGCGGAGGAGCGCGGCGGUGCGGUGCUUCCCGUCUGUCCGGGGCUCAGCGCUGCGAGGGAUGCGCGGGGAAUACGGCACGACGGGACCGUGUCCUUCCGCAGCCCCCGAGAGGAGGGGAGAGCAGGGCUCUGCGGGGAUGGAGGACACAGGGAGAAAGACUUCUGCCAUUCCAGCCGUUAGAACGGUAACCCCGGCCCCAGAGCCUUUCCCCGAACCUCGUUAGAGCAGUGGUGCCGUUUUCCCGGUUUCUCAUCAAGCUGUACCUGCUAUAUCUUUUCUUCCGUGCCCGUGGGAUGGGACCAGGGCCGGCAUCGCGCGGAGACUCCGCACGAAGUGGGAGCCACGGCCCCACGCGUGGGAGAGGAGAUGGAAUAGGCGAGAGGUGGACGGGAACCUCUCGGCAGCGUCCGUGCGGGGCAGGUCUCAACCUCGGGAAGGAGCUGCGGGGCUGCAUCAGAACGCCUUCCCUGUUCUUCGCUGGCCGGUCGCCUUUCCAUUUCCCCGGCUCUGCCUCCUGCCCACCCAUCCCUCCCGGCGGUAGGAAACUCCCGUUCCACUCGUUUCCGACCCGGAAUUCCCCCCAUAGAAGAGUGAACGCAGGAGUCGCGUGGAAGCAGCGCAGGUACCCGCAGCCGGGUGGAAGCCCCGGGACGCUGUCAGCGGCGGCCGGGGGCAGCCCCGCACCGAGGGACGCACCGUGCAGCCCCUGCCGGCCUCUGCUUCCCCUUCUUCGCCCUCUCUGAGCCGCGGGGCCGCUCUCCGGCCCCAACGCCGCCGUUACGGAGCUCCCACUCGUGCCGAGGUCGCCCGGGGUCUCAUGCACGGAGCACGUAGCCUUCCAUGAGGCCCCGAGGACGUUGCAGCAGCGACUUGACGCUGCCGGAUUUUGUUUUGUUUUACUUUAUUUAUCUUUGUUAUCUAUUAUUUUAUUACUCUGUUUCAAUUUAUUUCAUUUCUUUCCAUUUCUCUUUUUAUUUUUCUUCACAUUUUCUUAUAAUCCAUUACAUUUUUUUUUCAGGCAUGGUUCGGCACACAGGUAGCAACUUGAUACAUUCCUGACAUAGAAAAUAAUACGUUGCCUGCACCCGAAAACCCUCACGUAUCACAGCCCAAUUAAAGGAGAAAGAAACACAAAUAACGAAAUGAAAAGCUACAUAUAACCUACUGUCCGACGGCCACAGAAAUCAGAGAAAGAAGCCCCUGGGUUUGGUUUACUUUUUCUUUAUUGCAACAAUAUAGUUCUUAAACAGGUAAAUCACGCCCCGGGGUAUUAAGUCACUUCAUUUUUGCUAAUAGGUCCGGCUGUGGGCUGGCAGAACUUGAGCUAGCGGGAUGCCCACCCUGUUGUGUACGGUUGGCAAAGUCUGUUUUACUCUUCAUAAAAAUAAAUGCAUUUCAUGCUUCUCACUUGAAUCAAGAA